AUGACAUGGUUGUUACUCCGGUCUUGGAGCUCGUUGCGUGCAAGCGUCAAAUGUCGUCUUUUCAGCGUAUUAAAUGGCAUUUCUGACGAUCUGCUAGUGAGUACAAGUAUCGGGCAUCAAAUUGGGGGUGAUUCACACACUGCGUUGAUAGACAGUUUGGUCCGGACGAAUCUGGUGGCUGCUGGCUCACGACUUGAGGCUGUGCUAAGACAGGUGGACCGUGGAGAUUUCGUGAUGCCGGCAGUUCGAGACUCAAGUGAUCGAUAUGCUAAUCGUCCAUUAAAGAUUGGUACUGUAGCUACCAUUUCCACUCCUCAGCAACACGCACAGGUACUGAGGCUGCUGGAGCCGCACCUUCAGCCAGGAAUGACAGCGGUGGACGUGGGUUCCGGCUCGGGGAUCCUCGUGGCUGCUAUGGUGCAUUUGGUGGGUCCAUUGGGUCACGUUACAGGGGUAGAUAUUGUCCCGGAACUUGUGGCGUUCUCAAAAGAGAACUUACAACGCAGUCUAGGCAAAGAGGUAGCCGACAAGCAGACCAAGAUCCUGCUGAGUACUGGUAAAAAGGACCUUGGUCUGCCGUCUGAUCACCCGUACAAUUGCGUCCAUGUCGGUGUUGCUGUCGAGACCAAAGCUGAAGCAGAUAGGUUUUUGGAGUACGUUAGACCUGGUGGAGGACUAUUGAUUCCGCUUGGCGGAGCGGGUACUGAGCAAAAGCUAGUUAAGAUGACGAAACUUGCUGAUGGGACUGUAGACAAACAAGACAUUAUGAGCGUUCUUUGCCAGCCCAUCUUAGACAGCGUGCCCGUGGAAACUGUCUACGAGACACGCGCUAAAAAGUUAAAGCGGGUAGAACAGGCUCUUGCGCAGUGGCGCAUUGACUUUGAGGCCACAUACGAACGUAAACCUACGCGAGAUGAUCUCAUGGGUAACGCUGACGCGAAAAAGAUGUUUCAAGAGUUUGCAGCGCUGCGAAAAUAG